AUGGCGACGAACCAAACACUCCUCGUCAUCGGAGCGGGCCCGCUGAUCGGGCGUUCUGUGGCCACUUUGUUCGCCUCAAAGCGCUACAGCAAUGUUGCCCUCAUCGCGAGACGCGAGGAGCAGCUACGGAUUGAGAAAAAGGCUGUAGAAGAAGCUGCCCCGAGCGCGACCGUCAAGACCUACACCGCAGACAUUACCGACCCAGAUGCCUUCACCAAAGUACUCGACCAAGCGGAUGCGGAUCUGGGCAAACCAUCGUGCGUCUUCUUCAACGCUGCCAGAGUACAAAUGUCGGAGAUGCUGGUUCAUGACGUGAAGGAAAUGGAAUAUGACUUCAAGAUCAACGUCUCUGCAUUGUACGCCGUGGCGCAGCGAUACGUCCCUCAUCUCAUUGAACUCGCCAAGUCCAGCCCAGAAUCAACGCCAGCCUUGAUCAUCACCAGCUCCGUUCUCCCGUACAGCCCGCACCCUGCCUUCUUUGCGCUUUCUCUGGUGAAGGCCGCCCAGCGCAACUUGGCACAGACUCUCCGCAUGUCUUAUGAGUCUGAAGGGGUUCAUAUCGGACUGAUCAAUGUUGGAGGUCAAGUCUUCCCUGACCAUGAGACCUGGAAUCCGCCGAAUAUCGCCAAGAAAGCUUGGGAGUGGUUUUCUCAGAUUAAGGAGAAUCCGUCGUUUGAGGUCAAGAUCUAA